AUGGCGGCCACGCAGGAAUAUGCCCGUGUGCACUCCGUCGAUCUGACGCUGCAGCACGAGAAGGCGUACCAGCGCCAGACGGCGGUCAACGAGAACAGCCACAACCCCUCCAAGAAGCACGUCAACAUGAGUGGCCACAUCCGUUACGCCAAGAACAUCGGUCUGGGCUUUAGGACCCCCAAGAUGGCUAUCAACGGCAAGUACAUCGACCGCAAGUGCCCCUUCACCAGCAACGUGUCGAUUCGUGGCCGCAUCCUCCGCGGCAUCGUGCACUCGACCAAGAUGCGCCGCUCUAUUGUGAUCCGCCGCAACUACCUGCACUUCAUCCGCAAGUACCAGCGUUACCAGAAGCGCCACCGCAGCCUGACGGUGCACUGCAGCCCCUGCUUCGACCCCAAGCCUGGUGACGAGGUGAUUGUUGGCCAGUGCCGCCCGCUGAGCAAGACGAUCCGCUACAACGUGCUGGAGGUGGUGAGCAAGUCCGCUGCGGACAAGCUGGGCAAGAAGUUCGCCAAGAACU